AUGCCCAAUUCGAAGCGCCUGGCGGCGUGGGUCGAUACCGUUCUUGCACUUUGGUGUUGCCGAGACUUGUUUCGGGUGCGGCCAAUUUUGCGAAAGGGUUUGCGGAGGCCUGCGUGGGCCUCGGCAGAAGUUCGCAACCUGAAUACUCGACGACGCAUCUGGGCCGGCAAGAUCCAGGAUGCCAAACGCUUGGUUGCGAGGACCUACGCCGACAAGGUCGGCGAAGUCCGUUUGGCGCAAGGGGUUGCCAAGAUUGGUCAAUUUUGUGAGGAGGCCUCUGCAACGUGGACGCUUUUUCUUCAGGCGCAGGACGACGCCAAGGCGGUGCUUUAUGUGGACCGGGAGGGACCAGGUUGGGACUGCACGGUCAGCAAACCGAACCACUGGAUACGUGCGAAGGAGCUGCGUGAGGGCUGCGAACUUUUCAAAGACAACGGCGACUUCAACGACAUCGACCAAGGCAGCACGGGCGACUGCUACCUGCUCGGGGCGUUGGCCAGCGUUGCGGCCAAUCGCAAAGCCUUCUUCCGCCAGGUCUUCAUUGCCUACGACAUGGAUGUGGGCGUCUACGGGCUAUUGUUCUGCAAAGAUUCCCACUUCACUUAUGAAAUCGUGGACGACGUCCUGGCCGCGAAGAACCACAGCAGAGCAAUGUAUGCGGAAAGCACGGAUCGAACCGAGAUGUGGGUAUCAAUCCUGGAGAAAGCGUUCUUCAAGCACUACACGUGCAUCGAGAUGUGUGACGGGGGCCACGGCACGGAAGCGGCAUUCAGCUUCCUGGGUGGCCUGGCCGGCCGCUAUGCGAUCGGCGAUGACGAGUUCGACCACCCGGAGAAGUUCUUCGACUCGAUGAAGCGGGCCCUCACGAGUGGCGAGAUCAUGACCACGGGCUUCUCCGAGCCAAGCAAAGGCAAGUAUGCGGACAUGGGUGGCGGAGCAGAUGGGCAGUGCGGUGAGAAGGGCCUUCCAUUUGGGCUUCACGGUGGCCAUUGCUACUCUGUGAUUCGUGUCGCGGAGGUGGAUGGAAGCCAGCUUUUCUGCUUUCGGAAUCCUUGGGCACAUGGCGAGUGGACGGGCCCUUGGGGUGACAAGUCGGAGGAGUGGACGGACGAACGGCGCGAGGCCGUGGGCUCGAAAGCGGGGGAUGACGGCGUCUUCUACAUGGCCGUUCAGGACUACGUGCAGCUCUCCAACAGGUCCGACUUCCUCCGCACCUUUGGGCCGGCCUGGCAGACGGUGCGGUCCUACGGCCGCUUCAGCGAUGCGCCCAUGAAAGCGCGGGCGAAGAAGAACUACCAAGCGCAAGACGACGACGCCGAAACAGGGCUAAUAUCGAGAGUGAGCAUCGAGGAAGAGAUUUCCUUCGACAAGGGUGACACGAUCGACGUGAUUGAGGUCCAAGGACUCGGCUGA